GAGGCUAAAUGCACAAGCAGGCCACAUAAAAUAACAACCAGUAAGGGGGUUGUCCACCCAAAAGCUAACAAUCCAUAGAAGUCAACCACAAAACUCUACUGUGCAAACAGAGUAAAAUUCAUGAAAAACAAACAAAAAGCAACAAAGUGAAAUUACCAAAAAAAAUAAACACAAAAACGGUAAAGUGCAAACAGUGAGCCACAAACCAAGGCCGAAGUAAAAACGGUGAACCCAAACAAAUAAUUUGAAAUUAAAACUAACACGAAAAGCAGAGCCAUCGGCGCGGAUCGGCGGCAAAGGGAGUUUGGCCGGAGUUUAUUUGCAAGCGCCAUGAACGGAUAUUUAUAAAAAUAGGAAUAUCCAGCGAAAAUCAAAAUAAGAAUUUUUACCAGCGUUGGUAUAAUUUCCAAAGGGAAUUUCAAAGUCAGAAAAAUGUGGAAAAUCUGCAUUUUUACAUUGGUAAUUGCGGUGGUGGCUGCAACAACUAGUGAAACCAUAACAAAUGACUUCACGGCAAAAGGCAACCGAACGCAGUUGAAAAUUUCCACGGAGGAAUCGCGGGAAAUUUCCGCUGUGGGCGGGUCAACCUCAACGGCCACGCCCACCACCACGGCCACAACCAGCACAACAACAACACGGGCGACAACUUUGGUCGAGGAAAAUGGGGAAACACCAAAAGACGGGCUAAUGACAACCACCCAAAAAAUGCUGCCAGCCGAUUUGGGUGAAAUAGGCGGCAUCAAGGAUGCACUGCAUCGCAUUAAAUUGAGCGAAAAGCCAGUGGAUGAUACAACCACCACAGAACAACCAGAGGCCGUGGAUCAGGAUCAAGAUGAGGAGGAGGGGGAGGAUGUUUCGCCCACUAUUUCGCCGCUGCAAAUUCAAAUGCAGGCAGCUGCCUCAUAUCAAGUAGCCGAAACGUUGGCCGACCUGAACGAGGAGGAGCGAGCCCGAUACGACGCCAUGCUGGCCCAUCAGCCCACGGCCAGUAAACUGAAUAUAGUGGAUCUAUAUCCACUGAAACUUGAGGAUUUUCAGCCAAUCAUACAAGACGACAACGAUGAGUUGAUCAAGCAGAGAACCAUUUUCACACAGCCCGAAAAUGCCGAGGAAUACAAGCAGAAUCUGAUGCCCAAUGAGAUCGAGUUGAUGGUCAAUAAGGAGGUUAACGGAGUGGGGGAGAGAAUUAAAAUAAACCAGGAAAAGUAUGGGACUACCAGCACAGUAAAACCCACUACAAGCAGACCGAAUCUAGGAACCACAGCUGAUUUCACGGGCAAACUGCUGGCCGAUCAAGAUGAUCUGAUAACGGAAAUUGAGAGCAAAUUCCAGCUGCACGACACUACGACCAUGAAGCCGAUAACUACCACAACUACUGUGCAACAUCCGGGCAACACUUUUAUCGAUCGAAGGGUGAAGAAAAGCUUCGAGUUUCCCAUGCAACAUCGGGCCAGCGAUGUGAUGGCCAUGCCGCACAUAGACUUCGCCAACACCAAGUUCCAAACGGAUGCCGAUGCACCGAAUCCCCCCGCCUCGCAUCCCGAGUUCUCCACCACAAAGUUCUACAACAGCAAGGAGCUGUACAACGAAAUGUUGCUGCACAAUAAGCGCAAGUUAAUGAAGGCAACCAAAGCUGAAGGCAGUCCGAUAAAGUCAGCGGAGGAUACAACUCGAGCCACAGCAAACUUGAACGUGAUGCCAGAAGGGAAAACUUUUAACCCAACCACAAGUACAACGACUGGAACCACCACUACAAUAACACUGACUACGACUUCUACAGAGUCACCUACCACAACAACAAAAACAAUAACAACAACAACAUCAACAACAACAUCUGGCAGUCCGACAACAAAUGCUGGAAAAUACCAGAAGGAGCUUAGGCGUGCCAAAUUAUUGCUCAAGGCCUUGACACCGCCGCCAAAGUCCAGUGACAAAGCGCCAGUUGCCGGGGAAUCCCCAUCAUCGACAUCUCCAUCGACAUCGACAUUGAGCACCACAACGAUGGCCACUCUGCUGGCCACCGCCAGGACUCGUCCUUCGGCGGCUAAUCCCACUAAGACCGCCUCAAAGCCAAUCGCCAGGCCGCGCAUCCUGAGUCGCCUGCAGGAGAAAAUCAAUUCGCUCGAAUGCGAGAUCCCGGGAGUGCCGCAGGAUUCGCAUCUGUGGCGAGGCAAUGAAACGCACGAACUUCUGCUUCCCAUUGUGACCACGGAACACUGUAAACCGGAUGAGCACUGCAUACCAAAUGUUUUAACCUGGCGUGGUGAGGCGGAAAUCCAAUCUGGUGACAUUUUAAUUGUGGAAAUCAACGAUGCCAUGUUAAAUCCAUCGCAUGAGCCCAACAACACAAGCAGCGCGGUACAUGCCACACAGGUGUACCAGGUAACUCGUUCCGGCCACGAACACUGCGACGUCACCGAGGGCGUCCUGUUGGAUAUCACGCCGCUGGUGGUCGAUGGCAGGAAGCUGGUUACACUGUACGAUAAGGACCUCACCGAGGGAGUUAACCUGCUAAUUGUGGUGUCCGAACUGUGGGGAGCGCAGUGUGUGCGCCUGAAGGUGACCACCAAAACCGACAAUUGCGGCGAGAACGCCGAUUGUUCCGGCAAGGGAGUGUGCUACUCGAAUUCGGGAAUGGAGGAGUACGAGUGCCAGUGCUGCAGCGGCUUCGCAGGACCCCAUUGCGAGGAGAUCGACGCCUGCAACCCGAGUCCUUGCACCAACAAUGGCAUCUGCGUGGACCUCUCGCAGGGUCACGAGGGCAACUCCUACCAGUGCCUCUGUCCGUACGGAUAUGCGGGCAAGAACUGUCAAUACGAGUCGGAUCCCUGCAAUCCCGCCGAGUGCAUGAACGGCGGCAGCUGUGUGGGCAACUCCACGCAUUUUCGCUGUGAUUGUUCGCCCGGGUUCACAGGACCUCUCUGCCAGCACAGUCUGAAUGAAUGCGAGUCCUCGCCGUGUGUUCAUGGUAUUUGCGUGGACCAGGAGGACGGGUUCCGAUGCUUUUGCCAGCCAGGAUUCGCCGGCGAGCUGUGCAACUUCGAGUAUAAUGAAUGCGAAUCGAAUCCGUGUCAGAAUGGCGGCGAGUGCAUCGAUCACAUUGGCAGCUACGAGUGUCGCUGCACAAAAGGAUACAGCGGCAACCGUUGCCAAAUUAAGGUUGAUUUCUGCGCCAACAAGCCUUGCCCCGAAGGACAUCGCUGUAUUGAUCAUGGAAAUGAUUUCAGCUGCGAAUGCCCAGGAGGUCGCAACGGACCGGAUUGUAAUCAAAUGCCACGAACGUACUUCCAGCAAUGCAGCGUGAAUCCCUGCACCCACGGCGGCACUUGCUGGUCCAGCGGCGAUAGCUUCUACUGCGCCUGUCGACCCGGAUACACGGGCACCAUGUGCGAAGAUGAGUUUGUGGUGGAGACGGUCGUUAGUUCCAGCGAAUUUAUUGUGGACGAUGCGAACGCUAGAAAUUUUAAUGACAAAACUUUCGGUUCAUCGGUUGUGCUUAAGAGUCCCAUUGAAUUGCAUAAUGCAUAUUUUGCGGCCGGAGUCCUGGCAGCCGCCAUUUUCAUCGUUGCCGUUGUGGUCACCAUUUGCCACUGCAAGGUCAAUCAGACGUAUCGGAAAUUCUCGACACGUUCCACCUCGUUUAUACCCAUUCUGGGCUUCAGUCGCCGGCCGAAAAUGCAGGGCAAGCUGAACAAGCACUGGCUGAGUGGCAAGGGGGCAAGUGCCACCGCCGCAGCAAGCGGUGCCAAUAAUGUGGCGCCCGCGGGUGGACCGAGGGGCUUGGCAGCCGGAGGCGGGGCAGGGGGGCAGCUGGGCACACGGCAUUUGCCAGGACAGCCGCAGACGCAAACGCAGACCACGCUGGGUGGCCAGCUGCAGGAGCGACCUUUUCAGCGGCACCUGGCCAUGAAUCUCGAGAAUGACAUGUACUACACGGUGGACUUUAGCGAGAACUCACAGCACUCGCCGUUGAUACAGUGAGACUUGGAUAAUAACGGCAGCGGCGGAUGGUUAGUCAAAUUCACCCCACACAAACAGGAGUGAGAGUGGAGUGGGUUGAGCAGAACAAAUAUUGGGUUGGGUUCGGGUGAUUGUGUAAUUAUCUUUGAUGCUACUCGUUGAAUAUUCCAAAUAUUGAACAGUAAUCGAUAAUAAUAAACUAAAGACGUGUGUGAAUUAACUUUAUUGAUUAUGAUUCCGGCUCAUGCUAAAACACAAAAAUGUAUGUAUGAUUAAUACAUGUAUUUCUGGCAUAAAUAGGCUUAGCAUACUUGUUUAUCAAGGUUUAUUUAGGCUAAGCACACACAAGCACACUGACACAGAAAGGAAAGUGUUGGAUUACAAAAUGCACCAAAGAAAGGAAGGAAGAUCAUUUAGAAUUAUGUAAAUGCUUUAUGUGCUGGCAUUAAACCUACUUUAGCCUAUGUUUAUUGUAUGAAUUUUGAACAUUUGUCCGAGAAAACCAACAUGUAUGUUAGAUUUCUCAUGUGGAAUUGUUUUAUGUUUGCUCUGAAGGAGCAGAUAUGGCAGAUUGCCUGUGCUAAUUGUGGCCAUAAAAUCUCCAUAUACUUGUUAUGCAAAUGUCCGGUUUAAAAGUUAACUUGAUAGGUUAGCAUUUGCAUAUAGACAUUUCAAAGAGAUUAAAUGAUUUGGCCAGCCAAGAGCAGAAAAUAUUCUCUGUAAUUUAAAUUAUUUAGAGUUGUCCUUGUUAAAUUCAAAACUUUUCCCUCAACGUUAAAGAGAGUCGAACUAAUUAUGUUUGCCAGUCCGAAAAUAUGACACUCUAAUGAGAAACAGAAAAUACAAUUUGAUGUCAUUUAAUAAAGCAUGGUUUUCACCGCGUUUUCAUUUGCAAAUGUUUGCAAUUAGUUAAAUAAUAAUAAAGCGAAAACAGAAUUCUAUUGUGCGUCGUUUUCGGUCACCAUGAAAUCAAUUUUCUCCUGAAUGUGUCGCAAAUAUUGGAAUUAUAUCAACUAAUUUCAGGAAAUUCUGUUUAGUUUAGUUUUAAUUAAUUUUGCCUUACCAAUAAAUUGAGCUGCGAAUGGGAGGGUGAUUUAAAUUGAAUAUGGUCAGGGCAGAUAUCAGAGAUUAUUGCUGCUCCUGGCCCCGAAUGUUCGACCGCAGUCGAAAGUUGUUAGUGAAAAAUAAUUAGCAUAAAUUAAAAUUGUAGCCACAAAAGUUAAUAUGUUUUUUGUGCAUAAAUAAUAUUUAUUUUGAAAUCAUUUCCAUAAAUGAAUGUGUGGUGUGUGUGUGUCCGGGUGCUGGCCACAUUUAGCAUAUUGCUGUUGAAAUGUAAACAUUAAUGCUGAUCGAAUUGCAAAAGAGGUCGGCCCAAAGUUGAGCUCCGCUGCGAUUUAAAUCAAAUGAAAACAAACCAGAAAAAAAAAACAUAAGGCAAAUAAGUGAAAUAAAUUGAGACUUGAUGCAUCCAUUUUUUGCAUCAAUAGAUUUUCGUGCAAUUUGGUAUGCAAAGAAAAAAGAGAUUGUAAUUAAAACGCUAUAUUAAGUAAUUAAUAACGAUAAACUGAGGCAAACCAAAACGAAAAAAACACAAACGGAAAACAAAUAAUAUAAAAUUAAAGCCUUAGCCUAAGGAGAAAAACACAGACACAAUGAGAGCAAAGCAAAUGAAAGUAUUGUAAUGAAAAUGAAAUAAUAAUAAUAGCAACUUAACCUAUGGCAAAACACUUGGCGUUUUGGGCAAUUACAAUUUAAUUUUUAAGCCAAUCAGCAAAAUAAAGUGGAAAAUUCCAGCGAAACAUGAAAA